CAACCGUUUCGUUAUCAUCACUCAUAGAAACUCAUGCGAAUUUCAUUCACUCGAAUGACAUUUUAAUUUCAGUUUAAUCUUGAUAAAAAUGAACGUGGAUUAAUCGAUUUCCGGGGGGUCGGGUGUUUUCUUAUCCAAGGACAACAAUGAGUUUGUCGGGUGAAUAGUCAGCCAUGCAGGAGCAAUUGUCUGUUGACCGGUGGGCAGUCUGAUCGAUCCUGCCAUUUGUCAUCGCUAUUUGACGACGAAGACGAGGGCUCUCUACGAGUAUAAUUUUUGUCCGCGGUGUAGUCAGGGGGUUGCAUUAAUGGGACACUUUAUAGGCGAUUUACAAGUGUUUGUGAAGGAGGGAGUGACCAGGAUCAAGUAUAAACUGAUCUCCAGUUCUUCUAUUGCCAGUUCAGAAGCCAAAAAAUGAAGCGAAAAAUCAUCGCAGGAAUAGAUAAACAACCCAGGAGGAUACGGGCGAAUUAUUUGCUUCAAAAAUGCGAAGAGUCGAGGAGAAGAAACAAGGAAAUUGUUGAAUAAAGUAGAAAAGAGUGGACGUAAGAGACAGCGAGGAGACGUGGCGAAAAGUCAUCCUGGCAUCGUCGAAAUGUCUUUCUUCGGGUGGGGCAGGGGUGCGCGGGAGACCGGCGGCGAGCAUCCAGGACGCAAUUUGCAGGAUGGCCUCUUUCAAAUAGCGUCCCAGGCUUGUCACAUACUCGUGCAGGUGAAUAAUACCCACAACGUGUCGUACGGUGGUAGCAACACAGUUACCAACGUCGCUUACUCAAAGUACUCAUCAGCCUCGGGUAGUGGUGCAGCAUCAACCUCUUCAGUUCCAUCAUCUUCAAAAUCCUACCCAAGCACUGUGAACAAGGAUCAGGACGUCGUAGUUCUUCUUCCCCACCGCAAGAGCCGGACCCCACGUCUUAAGCAUAAACUAUCGGAUACAUGCUGUUUACAGACAGUCUCUGAGAAUGCUAGACUCGAUGCAACUUCACCGCCGACGGAAGACGAUUUGGAGCUGUGGGACCACUCCGGGUUCAUGCUGAGGAGUGACUUUGACGACCACCUUACGCACUCAAAGUGGGGAGCGCAAGGCUGGUGUCGCCCCAGCUGCAUACCCAUCAGUAUAAUUCUCGUCCUUAUAGUCCUCGUGGUGCUCUUGCCCCUCCUAGAUCACGCCGAGCCCAAGCACCUCAGCAAUUCCAGAAAUGACUCCGAAUUCAUGUGCAUGAACAGCUGUAAAAUAUCGCUUGUCGAGUCAAUACCCAUUGGCCUCGUAUACGAUAACAAUUCAGUUGUUCAUAAGAGUACUUACCUCACGUGGAUGGAUCUUAUAAACUCGGCCGAGAGCACCAUCGAAAUUGCUGCCUUUUAUUGGACCAUGAAUAGGGAGGAUGUCUAUCCUGAUGAUAGUGCUAAAGACGGAGAAAACAUAUUCGAUGCUCUCGUGGAUGCCGGCAAGAACCGAGGGAUCUCCAUAAAAAUAGCACAAAAUGCUCCCAACCAAAUGAACCCCAACGUCGACAGCGAAUAUCUAGCGAAAAAAGCACACGCCGAGGUGAGGAGUUUGAAUUUUGCUGGAUUACUAGGAGGUGGUGUUCUUCACACGAAAUUAUGGCUGAUCGACCGUACCCACGUUUACGUUGGCUCUGCCAACAUGGACUGGAGAUCUCUCACGCAAGUGAAAGAACUCGGUCUCGUCGCCAUGAAUUGCUCGUGUCUCGCUAACGACGUUGCGAAGAUUUUCGAGGUUUAUUGGCAGCUCGGAAAGGAGGGGAAAGUGCCCGCCAACUGGCCUGAUUCACUCAGUACAAAAAUCAAUGUCAAUAGAACAAUGAAUUUUACACUAGAUGAUAAUAAAUAUAAGAGUUUCAUCUCUAGCUCACCCCCUCCAUUAUCCCCGAAAGGGCGCACAAACGAUAUCGACGCGAUUCUUCACUGCAUCGAUAAAGCCGAAAAAUUCAUCUACAUAUCGGUAAUGGAUUACUUUCCCUUGACCAUCUACACAACGAAGGUAAAGUACUGGCCAGUGAUAGACGACGCGCUACGCUCAGCCGCCAUAGACAGACGAAUCACAGUAAGGCUGUUGAUAUCCUGGUGGAAGCACUCGCGUGCCUCCGAGAACGCAUUCCUCAAAUCGUUGAUGGAUCUCACGAAUUCCUACAAAAAUGUGAAAAUCGAAGUGAGAAGAUUUAUCGUCCCGACGAACGCAGAUCUGGAUAGAAUUCCAUUUGGACGAGUGAAUCACAAUAAAUAUAUGGUGACAGAUAUUGCCGCGUAUAUUGGCACCAGCAAUUGGUCUGGUGAUUAUUUCAUCAAUACUGCCGGGAUUGGAAUGGUGUUCGAGGAUGCUGACCACAACAACAGCUACAGUAUUCGUCAGCAGCUGGAGGAAAUUUUUCUCCGGGACUGGAACUCCCCGUACGCUCAUUCCAUGAACGCGUCGUGCUUCAAUCUCCCGGAAGAGCAGAUGAAGCCCAAGAUCAAUCAUUUCAUGCAGUUCCACAACCACCACAUCAGGGCGUAGCUAGUGUAUAAUUUUUUCAGUCGUUUUUAGCCGCAUUUAUUAUCAUCUUGAAUUUUUCGUUAAUUACUGGAUAUAUUUAAAACAUUUUUAAUUGCUCAAAAUAUCUGGGAAAGGAAAUUGAGCGAUUAUAUAGCGAUUGAAAACAAACUAGAAAUCAUUUUUAGUACUGAAGUGGCAUAAUUUUUAUAUAUUUUGUUAAGUAGUUCAAUCUUUUGAACUCUUUUUUAUUUUAUGACAAUGAAUGAAAUAUUAUCUGUGGGGAAUUUCCCUACCUUCGAAGAGUGUCUUCCGACACUUCUUCUAGAACGAACUGGAGGAAAUAUUCCUCUGAGAGGGGAAUUCCCCGUACGGUCGUUCCAUGAACGAUUCGUACUUCAAUCGUCAGCACCAGCCGACGAAGACCAAAAUCAAAAGGUCAUGCAGUGUAAGGAAGUUUAAAUUUUCGUUCUGAAAAAAAAUUGAAGGUUUAUUUUACCAACUGAUCAUGAGCGCAAAUUCGCAAUUCAACUCGUGGAGAAGUGAUUGAAUGAGCUUGAGAAAUAAAAUUCUUCAAUGAUGAAAGAUUUAGGGAAAAAAUAUCGAGAGUUCUCUUCUGCAUAAUUGACGCAAAUUACAUUAUAAAAAAAUUGAAUAGUAAGAUAAAAAACGAAGCAUAAUAUUAGAUUAUUAGCCGUUACUUUUCCCCGAUCUUCGUCGGAAAAGAAUUCAAUAUUUUCUCCUAAAAUCAACUAUUGUUCUCACUCCUUCACAAAAUAAAUAAAUGUACAUAAACAGAACCUCCAAAAAUUUCCGUCCGAAAUCGCGUGAAAAAUGCAGCAAGAGUCAAAUCAGUUGUACCUAAAAACUCGUCAAUUACGCAAUUCUCAAUUUGUAAAUUACCCCACCAAAAUAUUCCUAGUUCACAAAUAUUUCCUCGUAGUUUAUCCAUGAAUUUUGCUCAUUCCUCUCAUGUAAACUUUGCGCCUUCUCCCAUAGAGAGCGAGAUAUAAAUUUAAAAUUAAGUCACGUAUGAACAAAACGAUGACGAACGUACUUUCAAGCGUAGUAUGUUAAACUACACAAAGUCUAUAAUAUUGACACGUUGUAGUUGACAAUUAGUGUUCAAUCAUGUCCCAAUUAUUCUCCCUUUAAAAGAUCCCUUCAGGGAAUUUUUAUUAUACGAAAAUCUAAUUUUUUCAUGCCUGAGACGUAGAAGCCUUCGUCGAUAGAGAGAAAAGAAUUGAGAAUUGAGAGGCUACAGGACAUUCAAUGUUUUCACAGUACAAGGUCUCAAGUUUUGUUUACUCCGCUGAUAAUAUUUCAGUCUAAAAAUGGAUAAGAGGAGAAUGUGCUUGCCUGUGGGAAAAUAUAUACUCAAUCAACAAUACCAGCGAAUAAAAGAGACGAGACAUUCAGAGAGAACAUGAAAAAUACGAGAAUCAUGCUUUGUAAAUAGACUUAAAUUUAAAUAAUGGGUCUUAAGGAGAUUGUAACUUUUGGUAUAUUCUUACGAGUUUUUCAGUCAUUGAGGGACUCCAAUGAGUCAUAUUGCCGACAGUUGUAGAGCUGCAUAAAAAUUGCAGAAUUUUAUUUUUUAAUUGUAAAAUCUAAUUCAAUUAAAAAAUGCCGAUGCUAAAAUUUCUCUCCUCAGAAGACAACUUUCCAGGAAUUAAUUAAUUAUUUCGUCAAAUGUCAAUCUCCUUGAUUAAAUCCCAUGAAUUCUGCCUUAAUUACGUCCGCCGACAAUUGUUAAAAAUGUCUUCUGAUCAGCUGUUGAAUGUCAAUUCAAUUGCAACAAUAAAAACGAUUAAUUGAAUAUAGAAAAA